UUCUCCCCUCCCCACAUCGGCGCUUGUACAACAACUCUCGCUUCUUUGGCAUUAUCGUUUCACCCCUUUCCUCCCAUAGCCGCCUCACCUUAUUUCCCGGGUUCAGUUUCUUAACAGUCUUAGAUCUGUGCGCCUUUACGCCGGAGAUUAGCAACAAUCCCAGUUCAAGCUCGCAAGCAGCAGUGUACCCGCCCUUGUCCAGCCUGCCUUGAUCCGCACUCCAACCCGAGCUAGUCCUGCAUAGCAACGAAGGACGGAACACCCCCCAUCUGCGCCCUUCAAGGACUCUUCCGGCGCAGCGCGAUCUACCAGGGACGGUCGCUGGAUUUGAUCUCUAUGCGGGGAUCAAUUUAUUUUGAGACUUCGAGGUCGCCCACCCAACGCAGCAACCCCCGAGCGCAUUCCUCCCGACCGCCGCGUGCCCAUGGUGGUGCGGGUGCAUCGCUAUGAGCAAGCCCGCCUUCGUGCGAGUGUCGGGCCCGCCAAAUGGCAAUUUCUUGAUCGGAUAUCCUGGCAUUUCUGCCACAAUGCCACGUAUUGAAGGUAAAGUCGAGAUCAGGCCCAGCACUGGCAUUUCCCUCCCUGUCAGUGUAUCCCUCGUUACAAUAUCCCUUCAUCGUCGCGAGACAAUACAUCCCUCGGCGGAUUCCGUGACCAAGAAGCACCUUGCGCCACCUAGGAAGGAGAUCACGGAUAUCGUGGGCAAGGAGAUGCUGCUUUUCCGCUGCCCUGCCGGUCGAGAGUCCGAGGAGGUCAUCUCGAUGGACCUGCCUUUUGUUCUCUUCAUUCCGUUCGGGCGGGGCGGAGCAGAUGCUUCGAGGCGCGUCCCUCCCGCCAGCCUGCAACUUCCUAGUCGCACGGCAGAGACAUACUAUGAGAUUGUGGUGGCCGUUCAACAAGGGCCCUCGGAACAGCGCAAAUACACGUUUCCCGUCCCAAUACAACGGUACGAUACUCUAUCCACGUUUGGCAUGUACAAUCGCCCCGAGUCGGCCGAGAGAGUGUCGGAUCAUCUGGUUACAUUAGGUAUAUCCUUGCCUCGGUGGUCUUACGGGCCUCUGGAUCCAGUGAGCGUCUACGUCAAACUGUCACCGAACCCGGACUGGAUUAGUAAGGCACGGAAAGUCACUAUAAAUAAGAUUACCAUUGGUAUCGAUGAGGAGAUUAUAUACAACCACGAGGGCGAUGAGCCGCAGCGCAAGGUCAAGACUUUGACCAAAAGAACAGAACCGAUUGGUGUCAAACUACCACCGUCGGGCUUUUUGACGAAUCUUGGCUUGGUCUUCCCGGCCAAAGAUAUGCGGGAUUCUGAAGGAAUACUCCCUAGGAGCAAGCCGGGCUUUCCCACAUAUGCAGUCAGCGGGUUCACCACCACGGGAAGUCUGUACAAGAUCGAGUACUAUCUGACAGUCAAGGCCCACUUGGCAUCUGCAAGAGACAUCACCAUUCGACAGCCGAUAGUUGUUUGCCCGCUAGACCAUGCAGGAUGCAAGGAGGAGAUGGAGGCUAUAGAGCAGGCCGCCCGGGACGCAGUUCAUGUGAACCCGGAUAACCCCAUGCUGCCUCUGCCCUCCAUCGUACGGCCGAACGAUCCGAACGCUCUCCGCCAUCUUGGGGUGGCUAUAGUUGGAGGCAAGCACAAGCCUUUAAUUGACUAAGGGCCCCUCGGGCUUAUCUCAAAGGAUCGACCGCUGUCGAUGUCUCUCCCGAUUCAGUACCGGUCAGAAGAUCACUCGUGCCACAGAGGUGGCCAGGAUCCUCAAGAACUUUCCUUCCAAUUCUUCUUUCUCUUCGAUUGUCGAUUCAGCAUGCCUGCAGUUUCUGCACGAAGCAUGGACACGUAUUACGAAUGCAUGGGCGAC